AAUUAAACGAGGCAACUCACGACGGAAGGGGCGAACAUGGAUCAUGGAGCUGCUUCCUGUUAUUCUCUCUCUAGAAAACGCAAAAGCGAAUAACUGAAACCCUAGCCUCUGUUUUUGUGUUAUUACUUCUAUUUCACGCAUCGAAUUCAAUUCUUUGAGAUAUGAAUCUGUGAAAUCAAUGUGCCUCUAUCGGAAUCACAGAGCGAGUAACGGUUCCGUCGGCGUUUACCGGUAACCGCUAUCAUCGAUGAAGUCAUCGCGUUGGUGGCAGAGGACUCUGAUCCUCGCUCUUCUCUCUGUCUCCGUUGUUGCUCCGGUCUUCUUGGUCUAUCACCGUCUCAAUCUCACUCCCUACGCACGACGAGAGUUUCAAGAAGAUAUAUCCAGUGUUACAUUUAGGACAGAUCCUUUACCGCUAAAUGCUAUUGAACAGGAAGGCGCUGAAGAAUUGGAAGAGCCAAAAGAAGUUGUUUAUAAAGAAAAAGAUUUUGGUUCAAGAAAUAGUUCCAUUCAACAAAAGAUUAAUGAUUGUGAGAAAUCUAAAAUCCAUGGGUGUAGAAAUAGCAUUUUGGAAAGAAAUGUUUCAGAAUUUAACCAGGACACAAGGCAAGACCAGAAAGCUCAGCAGAAAGAAUUAUUCUCCAUCAUUGGGGAUGAGAACAUACUUAAUACAACAGUCACACAUAAUCAGAGCAUGCACGCUCAUUCUCAAAAAACGACAGAUGAUAAUGUUGAAGUGACAGAUAAGAAAUCUAUGCCUAGAGCAACCCAAAAUCAUAAUCAUCAGAGUUCACGUCCUCAGCCUCGGAGAGUGUUAAAUCAUAAGGUUUUAGAAAUUAAGGAUCAAAUUAUUAGAGCCAGAGCAUACUUGGGUUUUGCUUCACCAGGCAGCACCUCACGCUUGAUGAAGGAGUUGAAGCUGAGAAUUAAAGAGAUGGAGCGUGCACUUGGAACGGCUACUAAGGAUUCAGAUCUGUCAAGGAGUGCUUUGCAGAAAAUGAGACACAUGGAGGCUUCACUGUCUAAAGCAGACCGUGCUUUCCCAGACUGCGCUGCUAUGGCAACUAAGCUCCGUGCAAUGAAUCUCAAUGCUGAAGGGGAAAUUCGUCAUCAGAAACGUGAAACAACAUAUCUUGUUCAUCUUGCUGCGAGGACUACCCCGAGAGGUCUUCACUGUCUUUCUAUGCAGCUAACUGCUGAUUACUUUGCCUUGAGACCUGAGGACCGGAAGCUUCCAAAUGAAAAUAAGAUUAAUGAUCCAAAACUUCAUCAUUAUGUUGUCUUCUCUGACAAUGUUCUGGCGUGUGCAGUUGUUGUUAACUCUACUAUCUCUAAUGCCAAGAAACAGGGGAAACUUGUUUUCCACGUAGUGACCAAUUCACUAAACUUUCCUGCAAUCUGGAUGUGGUUUUUAUUAAACCCUCCUGGCAAAGCCACAGUCCACAUACAAAGCAUAGAGAAUUUUGAAUGGUUGCUCAAGUACAAUGCAUUGAAAGAACAAAGUUCCAGUGAUCCAAGAUUUACUUCUGAGUUGAACUACCUGCGUUUCUACCUUCCAGAUAUCUUCCCUACUUUAAAUAAGGUUGUACUUUUUGAUCAUGAUGUGGUUGUGCAACAAGAUCUCAGUAGGCUAUGGAAUGUUAUUACGAAAGGGAAAGUAAAUGCAGCAGUCGGCACUUGUCAGGAAGGGGAAACUUCAUUUCAUAGGAUGGACAUGUUCAUAAACUUCUCAGAUCCAUUCAUUGCAAAUAGGUUUGAUGUCAAUGCUUGCACGUGGGCAUUUGGGAUGAACUUGUUUGAUUUACAACAGUGGAGAAGACAAAAUUUAACUGCUCUCUAUCACAGUUAUUUGCAAAUGGGUUUCAAGAGGCCAUUGUUGAAAACUGGAAGUCUGCCUUUAGGGUGGCUAACCUUCUAUAACAAGACAAUGAUUUUGGAUAGACGGUGGCAGGUUCUUGGCCUUGGUUAUGACUCAGAUGUUGAUAAAAACCAGAUUGAGCGGGCUGCGGUUAUACAUUUCGAUGGAAUUAGGAAACCGUGGUUAGACAUUGCAGUGGGAAGAUAUAAAAGUUACUGGACCAAAUUUGUGGAGUUUGGCCACCCUAUCUUGCAACGUUGCAAUCUCCAGGCGUAGCCCAAAAUUUAAAUAUCACCUUUCGUACAUGGCAGGUUUUAUUUGAGUAAUUUCCUGGCAUAUUAAUUGCCUGCUUCUAUCGAUUCUUUAUUGUUCUUGGCGAUUCUUCUUGUAAAGCCUUUAAUAGAUGCAUAAAAUUUACGUCAUAUAUAUUUUUUAGAAGCUUAGCUAAUUUGUAGGGACAUUGAGAUGAAAUAAGAUUCACGUAGGCAUUUUAGCUGCUUGGAGGUCCUGUUGCUGGUUGUGUACAUAAUAAUUCGUUCUCGUGCUACCAGUGUUUACCACCAUUUUAAUCCAAUUACGCGCGGAGUUAAGUUUUUCUUUCAGGAACUAAUUUAUACACAAUUGUGGCUGCCAUUUGAGUUGUAAAGUGUUAGUAUAUCUCAUUAUUUAUGUUACAUGAAGCAACGGAA